AGCGCAAGUGUUUAUAAGCGGCACGAGGACGCCCAGACGCGGGAACAUGCCUGCGCUCGUCAACGUGCGUGUGCGCGUACCCGCGCCACCGCCGCUGCCGCUGCCGCCGCUGCCGCUGCUGCUGCUCCUGCUCCUCGCGGCUUCCGGCACCGGGAGCGGCCCCGUCGGGCCCCCCGGCUCGUCUCCCCCCGAGGAGCAUCCGAACCGCGGCGGCGGGUUCCGGGUGGUCCAGUGGGAGUGGAGCUACGUGCAGACCCCUUACGUCAUCGCCGUGUGGCUCCUGGUGGCCAGCGUGGCCAAAAUCGUGUUCCACUUUUCGCAGCGUUUCACCACUGUGGUUCCCGAGAGCUGCCUGUUAAUCCUGUUGGGUCUGGUCCUGGGCGGCCUGGUCCUUCUGGCCAAUGAGAAGCAGCUGUACCAGCUGGAGCCCGCCCUCUUCUUCCUGUUCCUGCUGCCGACCAUUGUGGGCGACGCCGGCUACUUCAUGCCCGCGCGCCUCUUCUUUGACAACCUGGGCGCCAUCCUCACGUACGCCGUGGCCGGAACGCUCUGGAACGCUUUCUGCACAGGAUUCGGACUGCACGCCGCAAACGUCAUGGGACUCAUCGACGAGCGCGUGCAGGCCGGCCUGAUGGACUUCCUGUUGUUCGGAGCGUUGAUCUCGGCCGUGGACCCGGUGGCCGUGUUGGCCGUCUUCGAGGAAGUUCACGUCAACGACACGCUCUUCAUCAUCGUCUUCGGAGAGUCGCUGCUCAAUGACGCCGUCACCGUGGUGUUGUACAAAGUUUAUAUUUCCUUUGUGGAAGUCGGAGUGGAGAACGUGCAGACGGCAGAUUACUUCAAAGGGAUCGCGUCCUUCCUGGUGGUCAGCGUGGGCGGGACCUUAGUGGGUCUGGUCUUCGCGGUCCUCCUGAGCUUCAUCACGCGCUUCACCAAAAAGGUUCGAAUCAUCGAGCCGCUCUUCGUCUUCCUGCUGGUCUACCUCGCCUACCUCACCGCCGAGCUCUUCUCCCUGUCUUCCAUCUUGUCAAUGACGUUCUGCGGCAUCGGCGCUAACAAGUACGUGGAGGCCAACAUCUCGCAGAAGUCUCGGACCACGGUCAAGUACACCAUGAAGACCCUGGCCAGCAUCGCCGAGACCCUCAUCUUCAUCUUCCUCGGCAUCUCCGCCGUGGACAAGUCCAAGUGGGCCUGGGACACGGGCCUAGUGGCCUGCACCCUCGUGUUCAUCUUCGUCUUCAGAGCCAUGGGCGUGGUGGGCCAGACUUGGGUCCUGAACCGGUUCCGUCUGGUGCCGCUGGAGAAGAUCGACCAGGUGGUGAUGUCGUACGGCGGCCUGCGGGGGGCGGUGGCCUUCGCUCUGGUGGUCCUGCUGGACGGCGAACACGUCAAGGCCAAAGACUACUUUGUGGCCACCACCAUCGUGGUCGUCUUCUUCACCGUUAUGUUCCAGGGUUUGACCAUCAAGCCGCUGGUCAAGUGGCUGAAAGUUCCUCGCUCCACCAGCAGGAAGCCCACCAUCAACGAGGAGAUUCAUGAGAGGGCGUUCGACCACAUCCUGACGGCGGUGGAGGACAUCGCCGGCCUUCAGGGCUACCACCACUGGAGGGACAAGUGGGAGCAGUUUGACAAGAAUCACCUGAGCAAGCUUCUGCUGAGGAAGUCGGUGUACAGGAAGAGCGAGCUGUGGGAGGCGUACCAGAAGAUCAACAUCCGAGACGCCAUCAGCGUCAUCGACCGGGGUGGAAACGUUCUGACCUCGGCCAGACUCUCGUUGCCCUCCAUGACCGGCAGGACCUCCUUUCCGGACGCCUCCGUCGCCAACUACCUGCGCGAGAACGGCAGCGGCGUGUGUUUGGACCUUCAGGUCAUCGAUAACGUUCCCGGUGCCAAAGUGGAGGAGGGCAUGGAGACUCAUCACGUCCUCGCAGAAAACCUCUACAAACCCCGCAGACGAUACCAGUCGCACUACAGUCGUCACUUCAUGCCGGCGGGCGAGAAGGAGCGGCAGGAUCGAGAAGUUUUCCAGAGGAACAUGAAGAGCCGCAUGGAGACCUUCAAGUCGGGACGACACAAGCGGCACAAGAAGGAGCGAAGCGUCAAGAAGCGCCGAGGGUCCGACUCCAAGGACGACGCCGGAGACGAGUGCAGAAGAAACGUCAGCCGGCAGGUCAAAGAUCCCGCGGCGGCUCCUCUGGGCUCGGAGGAGGGCGGAGAUCAAGGCGAGCGGUCAGACCCCGAGAAGGAGGAAGACGUCGGCAUCGUCUUCAUCGCCGUGAAACCGGAAACUCCCCAAAAACGUCCGCACUCAGUGGCGGUGACGACGGCGCCCCCCGGCGGCGACGCUCACCUCCCGUGGAAAGGCGGCGGCGUGCUGUGGCCGCCGCCCUGCGUGUCCCUGGAGGCCACCAAGGUGAUCCCGGUGGACCUCCAGCAGGCCUGGAACCAAAGCAUCUCGUCCCUGGAGAGCAUCUCCUCGCCGCCGCCGGGCCCCGCCGAGCCCGUCCACCCUCGCGUCGGCGCUCUGUCCCGGCGCCAGGCCCCCCGGCCCGUCUCUUACACGGCGCCGGCCGGCGGCGCGGCGGGAACGGGGUUGCCCGCGGCGCCCGACUCCUCGCGCGUCCCGCUUGAAAAGGACGAAGAGGAAGAGGAGGAGGACGAGAUGAUGCCGCUGGUGCCGUCUCUGAGGCCGCCGCCGCCGCCCUUGCCGUGCCCCGGCGCCGCCUCGGGGGUGGGGAGGAAGCCCCGCGUGUACCUGAGGAGUCUGGUGACGGCGCCCCCGCCCGGCCGAGGCCCCACUCAGCUGUGAGCGCCCGGCCGCGCUUCCUGUCUGCGGCGCGUGCGCCGUCUCCAAAGGUUUCCUCCGAUAGCGGCCUCCGCUCUAGCUGGCGCCGGCUGCACAGAUAAGCGCCGCACCGCAACGUGUUCCUCAAAACCAAACGUCUCGAAUUGCAAACCAAAAAAUGGAGCAGUCAAAAAGUCACCAGCCCGAUUUAAUGCAACCGACUGAUUAUGGAUUUUUAAAUGUUCAACGUUCGAAGCUUUAUUCCAAACCAAACCCUAAAGAAAGCUUUCUUGAAGCCUGACCCCUUCCGUCUUGCUGAAAUUGUGCGCGUGUGUUUUUGAUUUCCGGGCUGGUGAAUACUUGUUUUACAAAUAGGAUGUACGUGAACAGAACCGCAGCCUCGAUCUGGAAUAUCGCCGUCUUUGGCGGCGACGAGUCAAACGUUCCUCCGGUUGCUUCGAUCCAGCGACCCCGACCGGCGGGGAAGUGCUCCGACCCGUUCGGUGGGUUGCGCGUGUACCGGCUUGCAUCGGGCCCUCGUGUAAUGUCAUCGAAGCAAAAAGUCAUCUUCAAAAUAAAACAUUCCUUGAAAUGAAAAUGUUCCUGUGACUUUUGCUUUUUGCGGCUUCCUGUUUUUCUUUCUCACUGAUCCCGUUUUGCGCCGCCCGACUUUUUGAUUUGCGAUUUUUGCCGCAAACCUCUCAAGCAGGCGGGCUCCACGACGAGCGCGUCCUCAUUGGCUACUUCCUUUUUCAGUGGCAGUCAAUGACUGUCGAACGUAAAUUAACUUUUCAUAUAAAAAGCAUUUGUAAGAAAGCCGCGACUGUCUGUAACUGUGUCGUUAAAAGGCCCGCCCCCGCUCCCCGUAAACUAUAUGAGCAAAUAUCCAUUCAUCAACACGUUGAUUAGCAUAGCGGUGCCUCGGCAUACGAGUUGAAUUUGUGCCGGCACUUUGUAAAAACAUCCUUAAGUGGAACGUAAAGCAUGAAACACUUUGCGUAUCUUGAUUUGGUGCUGCAAUCCAAUUCAUUGUGCCGCCGAUGGGUUUGCGAGGGGCGUUGCCGGGCCGCGACACGCCCACGCACGCCGCCGACUUGCUGUAAUAAUCGGCAUUUUUCGUGGAGGAAAAGGAAGGAAUACGUGCCUGUGAGGAAUGCUAUAUUAUCUGUUUACAUGCGUUGCUCCACAGUUUGUAUUCACGUACCCGUUGCUCAAAUGGCUGUAAAGUUGUGAUUAUUGAUGCUAACGUUAGCAUGUCAAUGGCAUUUUCCAUUUUCCAAGCUAGCGAAAUGAAGAUGAAACUAAGAAGGCGUUUCACAAUCGCACAAUCGACACGGUCCGAAAAAAUGCCCCCAAAUUGCCAAUAUUGGACAAAUGACGCUAGCGUAUGGAAAUUGGGUGAAAGCUGGCCUGCAGGCUCACGGGCGGCCUCUAGUGGUCCAAGGCAAAAUUGUAAAAACAAAUGUUGUUUGGAGGUGAAACUCCUCCUUCACAUUCUGGGUUCUGUUUCACAAAGCAGGAUUAGCCGGAUCAGCUCAGUUUGAACCCGCAUCGAGUCAGAGCACGCGAGACACGCUAGCUCCGAGCCCCGUUGCCGCGGUAACAGGGGAACGUCGUCAAAACGCGAACGUGACGACGGAAGGAAAAAUGUCAGAGCAACGCAAACGAGCGAUCAACGUUUGGGAACCGAGGACACGAAUUGGUGGAAGUUUUGCCGGUGGAAUUCUUUGUAAAAUGGAACUUUUAAAUGUUGCAUUUGGAGAGGAGCCAACAAGGCCGACCGUCAAAUUGCGCCUGUCAAACAUUGACCCCAGAAUAUCCGUCACUUUACCACAUUGCAAUCAUCCAAUCAAGUCAAAGUCAGGACUUUCUGUCCGAGUCAAGAAAAAUACAGAGUCAUUGUUUGUUUUUAUUCUUGAAAAAUAGUCGCUAUUCCGCUCACAUUUUUGAUCUUAAAUCAGUACGACCAUCUUGUAAUAUUUGUUUUUCAUGAGCAAGUGAUUUUCCUCCAAAAUGCGACUUGAUUCUUGUCAUUUUUUUUCCUGCAAACUUUGUUCUCAAUAUUCAGGUUUUUCAAUCUUACUAUAAUCGUGUUAGUUAUUCUCGUAAUCGGCGAGUUCACAUUGAUGGGGAGAGUUGUUCCAUGCAGUCGUCGUCGUCAUCAGUUUUGCAACAGUUGAAAUGCUAGUUGAGCUUUCUUAAUAAAUGAAAUCGGCAUUUAAAAAUUGAUAUUGGUCUGAUAUUUACAUUUGUUUGAUGAUAUUAAACAUUUAAGUGGGGAAAGGAUUGUUGUUCAGGGGGCCAAUCUCUUUCGUCGAGCAGCGCAAUGUGUCCAUUUCUAGAUAUGCCAUAUCUCAUGACGAAUAUACACAGAUAUAUGUAAAUGCGUGUAUCAAAUGUUUAUAUACAAGGCAUGCUUUUGGUUGUGCAUUGUACACUAAUGCCAAUAAAGAUUCUGACUCUCAAUUGAAA